GUAGAGGAACACAAUACAACAAACGUGUGCUAUUCAAACGGAGCGGUACUGGGCGGUCAACAUCAAUCGACGGCAUUUGCGCUGCGGAUCAAUCGAAAUGUACACGCAGCCUUCAGUUAUUGAGAGACGGCUGUCGGAUGCGGACGUGCUUUUUUUUCGCUUGGAGUUGCGGUUUAAAGUUUUGAAUUCUUGAUUUUCCGUUUACCGAGAGGGGUCGGGUGCUAUUAAAGUUAUUCGGUACAACGUUACAACGUAUUCGAAUUGACAAACGUACACGAGUUCGGUAUCUAGUGCCCAAUCGAAAAGAAGUUUUAAACUAUGAAUUCAUUCAUCAAUUAUCACGAGUGCAGCGUGAAGGAAUCGUAAUCAUUGGCGUAAGCCAUACGCGAAGUGUUCCCCAUUCAAGAGUGAGAUUUAAGUGAUUGUACUUUAGCGUACGCUCCGUCGUGAAGACAGAAUCGUGCAACCAUGGCAACCAAGUUUGUCAACCUGGUAGGAUUAGUGCUGUCAGUUUUGGUGAUAAGUUCGGCCCGAGCUGUGGAGGAGCUCAAGUGCGAGCUGAUCACGGUUGCGGCCUGCCAGAAUCUGGUCUACAACAUGACCGUGGCCUCGGCACCGGUCACAACAACCAAUGGGUCCGGAAAUUCGACCUCUUCCGCCGAGGGUGGCGAGACAGCCGGCGUUCGAUCGCAGUUGGAUGCUGAGCUGCUGAUCACAUCACUCCGACCGGUGAUCGACUCGGGAUGCUCGAAGCAGGCACUGUUUCUCUUCUGUUCGUCGCUGUUUCCGCUCUGUUCGGCCAACGCUCCCCGGCCGGUGCAACCGUGCCGGUCGCUGUGCGAGCAGGUCCGCAAGGAUUGCUUCAGCGACGCCAUCUUCAGCAAACUGUGGCCCGCGUACCUGGACUGCAGGACGCUGCCCCAGCCGGAGAAUCACGGGCUGUGUAUGCAGGUUCCCCCGGAAGCAUCGGGUAGUGUCGAGAAAAAUUUCACCAGCUCGGUGGCCGCCCCCGUUAAACCCUGGUCCAUUUUCAACUUGCCGCUGUUGCACCAGAAUCUGCAUCAGAAUCCCAUCAUCGAGCCGGGUGCAACGAGACCAUCGACGCGCCACACGCAGCACUCGAUCCCGCCGCCACCGAUCACCUGCCCCUCGAAUUACACCCUCGAGUACGAUCAGUGCGUUCCCAAGUGCGGUGCUACCGUCGACGCCAUGUACACUGGGCGCCAGAAGGAAAUCGUCGAGUUCUGGACGCUGAUACUCUCGGCUGGCUGUUUCAUCUUCACGCUCAUGUCUCUGGUAACCUUCUGGACCAAAACAACCAAGUUCGAGUACCCGGACCGGCCGAUUCUCUUCAUGACGCUCUGCUACAAUCUGAUGGGCCUGUGCUACCUCGAGCGAACCAUUCUGCACAACCCUCGUAAGGAGCUGAUUGACUUGUUGGAAUUUCGCAUGGAAUGCACAAUCACCUCCCAGUGUCUGGCGUAUUACAUCAUCAAAAACUACCUGCUAAUAAGUGCCACCACGUGGUGGCUUAUUUUUGGCAUCUGUUGGUACCUUAGCACCGCCAAACAAUGGUCCUGCGAAGCCUUGGAGAAGAAAUCCGGCCUAUUUCACGUGAUGGCUUGGGUCGUUCCGUUUGCUUCACCAAUAAGUGCGCUGCUUCGAGGAAACAUACAAAAGUAUGAGCUAACCAACUUUUGCACCGCCAAGGGAUUCACCGAAAUUCCCGCCCUCAUCUUACUCCUGGCAGGGGCAAUCCUCGUCUUCCUCGCACUGGUAGCACUGAAACGACUCAAGUCCACCUGGAACCAGAGCGAAACGCUCUCGAAGGUGUUCAGCCGGGUCCUAUUGUUCGCUAUCAUCUACCUAAUCCCGGCCCUAUCGGCCGUCAUUUGUACCUUUUUCGAACGGAUCGAAAACCCAAUCGAACCCUGCCAGCCGAAUACCGUGUGUCAAGCGCCCAGCAAGUUCUCUCUGCUCCCGACGCUCCUCAAACUAAUCCUCACAUUGGUCGGAGGCGCAACCACCGGAAUCUGGCUAUGGUCCAAACACACCAGUGAUUUGAACAAAAAAUCCUCGCUGGUGGGUUCAACCUCCGCCAAUGGUUCACUCAAAUCCGUUCCCCUGCUCAAGGUAGACUGCCCACCGGUUGGCGGUAGUCCCUACCGGCUGGGGUCCACCCCGUCUAGCGCGGGCCAUCACCACCACCAUAACCACAACAGCUCCAGUGCCAGCGCCAAGAAGUACUCCUACAACCAGGCAUACAGCCACCGGCAUUCAUCCGCCGCGUCCGGGUACAUUCCGGUGCGGAUACAUAGGAGCCUUCGGGCGUCUUCCGGUUCGAGGGCAUCUUCCUCGAUUAUAACGAGGAUUUGAGGCGCGUCAGUGCUUAAAAUGCCAAAAGCUUUAAUGAGUGUUGUUCAGUUCGUAGCAGAAGUAGACAAACACACACCCACACACGCGCACCAGUGGAAUAGCAAACACUUUUUUUCUGUGAUAUAAGAUGUAAAUUUGUUUUGAAGUAAUGAAUGGUUGUAUACUCGUGUUCAAACUUUAGUGUAAAUAGUGAGCAGCAUCGAAUGUGUAUUUAUUUACUGUGUAAAUGACUAAAUUAAUAGGUUAGGCAUGUAAAGAUGUGUAGAUACGUAUUAGCGUUUUUUACGCGAAGAUUUAUUUUUUAUACGAAAAUAUAAUAACGACUUUAGUAAUUCGGUUUACGAUAGCUUGUUAAAGAUACGAUAAAGCAAACAAGUAUGACUGAUUUGUGAACAAAUGAAGCCGAAUGUGCUUCCUAAUUUUGUAUAUUUAUUAUGGAAAGUUUCAUGAAAUAAU